AUGGAGACGGCUUCUACCCGUCGGACUAGCGUGGAGGAGAACUGCUGGCCUGAUGGAUGCGGAUAGCCUCUUGUUGUCGCUGGAGCUGGCGUCUGGCAGUGGGCAGGGCCUCAGCCCGGACCGUCGAGCCUCCCUGCUCACGUCCCUUCUGCUGGUUAAGCGCGAUUACCGCUUUACUCGGGUCCUUUUCUGGGGCCGCAUCCUCGGUCUUGUUGCGGAUUACUACAUCGCGCAGGGCCUGAGUGAGGACCAGCUCGCACCACGCAAGACGCUCUACAGCCUGAACUGCACAGAGUGGAGCCUCUUGCCCCCCGCCACAGAGGAGAUGGCUACGCAGACUGCUGUGGUGAGCGGCCGCUUCAUGGGGGAUCCCUCCCACGAGUAUGAACACACUGAGCUCCAGAAGGUGAACGAGGGUGAGAAGGUCUUCGAUGAAGAGGUGGUGGUCCAAAUCAAGGAAGAGACCCGCUUGGUGUCUAUUAUUGACCAGAUUGACAAAGCUGUAGCCAUCAUCCCCCGAGGUGCCCUCUUCAAGACCCCUUUCGGAGUCACCCACGUCAAUCGGACCUUUGAAGGCCUGCCCUUGUCUGAGAUCAAGAAGCUCAGCUCAUACUUCCACUUCAGGGAGGCUGUUGAUCUGAAGAACAAGACCUUGCUCGAGAAGGCAGACUUGGACCCCUCUCUGGAUUUCAUGGACUCCCUGGAGUAUGACAUCCCCAAAGGGUCUUGGAGCAUCCAGAUGGAGAGAGGCAACGCGCUGGUGGUGCUCCGCAGCCUGCUCUGGCCAGGCCUCACCUUCUACCAUGCUCCCCGCACCAAGAACUAUGGCUACAUUUACGUAGGCACGGGUGAGAAGAACAUGGACCUGCCCUUCAUGCUGUAGGAGGGCAGUCUGGAUAUCUAUGUGGAGUCCAAAGAGUUUUCAUAAAGCUCAACUCUGGCCUGUUC